AUGGCUUGUGCACUUGGAUCCUCUGGUCGGGGCCCAUUCGCUCCAACUGGCUCGUACGAUCAUUCAUACUCGUGCCCCAAUGAGACGUACUAUCCCUACCAAGAACGCCCAUAUAGCGGGCAGACAAACCAACAAAGACAUCCAUAUGCGCAUCCGAACCGCAAUCGCCAAUCGCUAUUCGGUGGUCUCGGGGGCUCAGCCUUUUCAAACUACGGUCCAUCCAACCCGUACACCAGGCCACGUAGCUACCCAGACUUCGGAGCGAACUUGGGCAUGGGAACGGGCAUGAACGCAGGCAUAGGCGCAGGCAUGAACUCAACCAUGGGUUACGGAAGUCGAAGUUUUGGCUUCUCACAAUCGCCAUUCGCGGGACUGCAGUCGCCACGUGGUAUCUUUGCUGGCUCCAUGCCUGGACGCGAACAACGCGAUCAACGCGAUCAGCGUUCCCAAUUCAGCCCUUCCAAUAAUCAUCGUGGGCAGGCUGGUACGAGAAUAUACCAGUUGCCACAGUUUUUGGAUGACGACGACGAAUCUGUCGACGAAGACUACCGCUCUUUUAUACAGCAUGCUUCUCAAAGACAAAGGCAAGCCCCGUUUGGAUGCAACCAACGGCCGAUCUAUGGAAUUUGCUUUGACCCCAGACGUCAUUGCGGUUACGACAACUACGAUGACUAUAAAGAUGACGAGGUUGACGACUACUUUUCUCAUCCUACGCGGCAACGACAAAGAUUCUACUAG